CUGCAGUCCAGGUAGGCACCAAGCGGCGGUAAAUACCGCCUCAUUCUGCCCUCAAGGGUCCUCUCAACACCAUGAACCUACCUAUAUCUUCAGCUGUUCCUCCAAUAUGAUUGGAACUUCGACUCCCGAGUAUGUGUUCAUCCGCGCCAGCAUCGCCGGGCUACGCGCCAUUACCCCUCUCAGCGUCCUAUACUGCGGCUUCUGCAUUGUGCGCCCUCCUCGAUCCAUAGUUGGAAAAGUACUAGUGGCUUGGGCGGCUAUAGAGACGGCCUUCUACUUCCUCGUAUACCUACCGCGGAAACACAUUCUUCAAAAAGCAGCCGACCAUCCUGAGCCUCUGGACCCUGAGCACCGCAAAGUGCUGUUUCAGCGAUGCUUCUCUACGAUACCUGAUGCGGAACUGUACCUUUCGAAAUGGUUCCUCGGCAGCCCGCUUGAGGACAUCAAACGCGAAAAUAUCAAAGACUUCUUCCGCUGGGCCUUUCUGAACACUGCCGACUACGAUCCGGCCGACGAUGAGGAGCUCGAGACGUAUAUAACAGGAGUAGAGAACCUCCUCGGACGCAAGAUCGAGCCAGGAAGAGGGCCAGCGAAAUGUCUGCGGUUGACGAUUGACGAGGUGGAUAUGAUGCACCGGAGUUUCUUGUGGUACUGCAUCGUUGGCCUAGUCGAUGGAGCUACCGCAGUGCAUUUCAAAUUCCGGGGAUUCAGCCUCUACCGCACGUCUCUCCGCCGCUUCUUCGACGUAUUCCCCCUCCGUCCCUUCACCCUCCUCUGCACUCACCACUCCCCCGCCGAGCAUACCUCAUACUGGUACCGCCCGCAUACCUCCAAGACCAAACUCCCUGUGCUCUUCAUCCACGGCAUCGGCAUCGGACUAUACCCGUACGUGCAAUUCGUUGCUGAGAUCAACCAGUCCGACGAUUACGACUCGUCAGAUGGCGAUGUCGGGAUAAUUGCCGUGGAAAUCAUGCCUAUAUGCAUGCGGAUCACGCCCGCAGCUCUAGCGAAGGAGGCCAUGUGCAUGGAAAUUAACAGCAUUCUCGAAAAGCAUGGUUGGAACAAGUUUGUUCUAGUAUCACACUCCUACGGCACCGUCAUUUCAACCCACCUCCUCCAAAACCCAAUUGUCGCGCCCAAAAUUGGCCCAAUUCUCCUCAUCGACCCUGUCACUUUUCUCCUCCAUCUGCCGGACGUGGCCUACAACUUCACCGCCCGCAAACCCAGCACCGCCAACGAGCACCAACUCUACUACCUCGCGUCUAAAGACAUGGGCGUCGCGCACACCCUCUCGCGUCACUUCUUCUGGAACGAAAACAUCCUCUGGCUCGAGGACAUCGUAGACCACAAUGUCACCGUGUCUCUAAGUGGCCGCGAUCUGAUCGUCAAUACUGAGGCUGUGGGGCGGUACCUCGUUGGUGCGUCGUCUGAUGGUAGUGCGAGCGGUUGGAGUGAUGAUGAUGGGGGGUGGAAGCAGGAGCCGUGGAUUGGGGAGGGCUUAGAUGUACUGUGGUGGCCACAGGCGGAUCAUGCGCAGGUGUUUGAUAUGGUGCGGGCGAGGAAGAAAUUGGUGAAGGUUGUUAAGAAGUAUGUGAGGAAUGGGAAGGGAUCGAAUGGGACUGCAUACGGGUCUAUUCAAGGCUGAACUUGGUUUCUGUCUCGGCGUUGGGAUAGAUGAGAGGUGACGAACAUACCCGUAAGGUAUAGAGCAGAGAGGUUGUGCGGUGAGAUGAAGUCACGAGCCAGGCUUUUUCAAGAGGACCGCGCUCCUCAAUGCAAUUCCAAUUCCAAUCCCAAUUUCAGCUUCAAUCCGAUGCCGUCAUCGAUC